AUGGCAAUAGCAGACGGCCAAAAACCCUUGAAAGAAAAGGCAGCCGCAUGGUAUAACAAAGCAAAGUCAUACAUUGCUUCCGUUACACCUCCUUCGCCAGUCGAUGCCGGCGAAACGGCAGUCGCAGGGGUGAUGGUGGAGACGAUAACGAAGAACAAUUGGCGGAGGAAGAUGCUGUCAACAACAGGUAGCCCUAACAACGGGCCGCGAGAAUGGCUGGUAAUGUUCUCCGGAAACACUAGCUGCUACGGGAGGUGUGAACAGCCUGAUAAAGCCUUCAAUGAAAGCGCUGCCAUUCUAGCCAGCACCCUGUCACCUCCGAGACUUGGUCGCAUUGACUGCGACAAGGACAAUCUUCUCUGCACAACCUGGUCUGCCAGCAUCCCCGAGAUAUGGCAUUUCCUCAUCUCUGUCCCUACUGGCGGACAAUCAAGUGCUCCCUCUCCCCUCCAUAUUGUGCCAAUCUAUCCCAAGAACGUCACAGCGCAAGAUAUCGUGAAGAUUCACACUGAGAAAGCGUAUCUCAAUCGGCCAGAGUAUACUGGUGCUUAUCAUCCAAUGGAUGGAUGGCUUCAGCAAUUCGGAUUGCUUGAACCCCUGGGCUAUGUUAUUUGGGCUGUCGGGUCGACUCCCAGUUGGUUGUUCAUGAUCGGUGUCAGUUUUCUUAGGCUCGACGAGUGGGUGGCGGCGGUAGGCCAGGUUCCACCGGUAUUCGUCCUCCCGCGCAAGCGGGUGCCGCACAGCAAUAAAGACACACACCACUUGAGCGUUUCGAGACCGAAGGAUGCUUAUACCGGCACCCUGAAACUGAAGGACGACGUAAUCAAAGGUCCCUGA